AUGAGGAAAAAAUUAGUUGAAAUCUUAAUAAGUAUCAAUUUAGUAAUGGAACAGCUUCAUGAAUAUAAAAUAGUAACACUAGGUGAUGGGAGAGUUGGAAAAACUUCACUAACUCUUCGAUUCGCUCGUGGUCAGUUUAAUGAUUCUGAAAAAGCGACUAUAAAUGCAAAUUUUUUUGAGAAACAAGUUCAAAUUGGUAGAGAGAUGGUGAAGCUUAGCAUUUGAGACACAGCAGGGCAAGAAAGAUACAGAGCUAUUGCGUCAAAUUACUAUAGAAAUGCCCAGGGAGCAAUAAUUGUAUAUGAUAUAACUGAAAAAAGUACUUUCGAUAGAGUUGAAACUUGGGUGAAUGAAUUGCAAAGCCAAGGCGGAAAAGAUAUUGCAAUUAUACUUGUUGGAAAUAAAUGCGAUAAAGAAAAUGAAAGGGAAAUUCCAAGGCAAAACGCAAUAGACUUUGCGAAGAGCAUUGGGGUUACUCAUUUCAGCACAAGUGCGAAAACUGGAUCCGGGGUUAAUGAAUGCUUUAUGGAAAUUACUCGAGCCUUGCUAGAGAAAGAUAGAGGCAAAAUUCAAAAAGAUAGCCCAUUGAAAGGCAGAAAAAGAAUAACCGUUGUAGAGAAUAAUCAGAGACAACCUUCGAAAAAAUCUAAAUGCUGCUAA